CGCCCGCCCGCGUCCCCGCGCCCGCGCCUGCUCCAUGGAUGCCGGGAGCCUGGCUGAGGAGAAGGGCCUGCGCUGUCAGAACCCCGACUGCAUGGACAAGGGGCGGGCGGCCAAGGUAUGCCACCACGCCGACUGCCAGCAGCUGCACCGCCGGGGACCCCUCAACCUCUGCCAAGCCUGUGACAGCAAGUUCCACAGCGCCAUGCAUUAUGACGGGCACGUCCGCUUCGACCUGCCCCCCCAAGGCUCUGUCCUGGCCCGGAACGUGUCCACGCGGUCAUGCCCCCCACGCACCAGCCCUGCAGUGGACCUGGAGGAGGAGGAGGAAAGCGCAGUGGAUGGCAAAGGGGACCGGAAGAGCACAGGCCUGAAACUCUCCAAGAAGAAAGCCAGGAGGAGACACACCGACGACCCAAGCAAGGAGUGCUUCACCCUGAAGUUCGACCUGAACGUAGACAUCGAGACGGAGAUUGUGCCGGCCAUGAAGAAGAAGUCCCUGGGGGAGGUGCUGCUGCCCAUAUUUGAAAGGAAGGGCAUCGCACUGGGCAAAGUGGAUAUCUACCUGGACCAGUCCAACACACCCCUGUCCCUCACCUUCGAGGCCUACAGGUUCGGGGGACACUACCUGCGGGUCAAAGACCUGGGUGUUGAGGACCUCUCCUUGCCCCCCAAUGCCGCCCCAGCCAAGCCGGGGGACGAGGGGAAGGUGGAGCAGGGAGUGAAGGACUCCAAGUCCCUGAGUCUGCCCAUCCUGCGGCCAGCCGGAGCUGGGCCCCCGGGCCUGGAGCGCACGGACCCCCAGAGCCGCCGGGAGAGCCUGGACAUCCUGGCCCCUGGCCGCCGCCGCAAGAACAUGUCGGAGUUCCUGGGAGAGGCGAGCAUCCCUGGGCAGGAGCCCCCCGCGCCCUCCAGCUGCUCGCUGCCCAGCGGCGGCGGCGGCGGCGGCAGUGACAGCUGGAAGAACCGGGCCGCCAGUCGCUUCAGCGGCUUCUUCAGCUCGGGCCCCAGUGCCAGCGUCUUCGGCCGGGAGGUGGACAAGAUGGAGCAGCUGGAGGGCAAGCUGCACGCCUACGGCCUCUUUGGGCUGCCCCGGCUGCCCCGCAGGCUGCGCUUCGACCACGACUCGUGGGAGGAGGAGGGGGACGAGGAAGAGGAUGAGGACGACGCCUGCCUGUGGCUGGAGGACAGCUGGCGGGACCUCAUCGAUGGGCAUGAGAAGCUGACCCGGAGGCAGUGCCACCAGCAGGAGGCGGUGUGGGAGCUCCUGCACACGGAGGUUUCCUACAUUAAGAAACUGCGGGUGAUCACUAACCUGUUCCUGUGCUGCCUCCUGAACCUGCAAGAGGCGGGGCUGCUGUGUGAGGUGGAGGCGGAGCGCCUGUUCAGCAACGUCCCCGAGAUCGCGCGCCUGCACCGCGGGCUGUGGGGCAGCGUGAUGGCGCCGAUGGUGGAGAAGGCGCGGCGCACGCGGGCGCUGCUGCAGCCCGGCGACCUCCUCAAAGGCUUCAAGAUGUUCGGCUCCCUCUUCAAGCCCUACAUCCGGUACUGCAUGGAGGAGGAGGGCUGCAUGGAGUACAUGCGCAGCCUGCUGCGCGACAACGACCUCUUCCGGGCCUACGUGACGUGGGCCGAGAAGCACCAGCAGUGCCAGCGGCUGAAGCUGAGCGACAUGCUGGCCAAGCCCCACCAGCGGCUCACCAAGUACCCGCUGCUGCUCAAGUCCGUGCUGAGGAAGACGGACGAGCCGCGCGCCAAGGAGGCCGUCCUCACCAUGAUCGGCUCCGUGGAGCGCUUCAUCCACCACGUGAACGCGUGCAUGCGGCAGCGGCAGGAGCGGCAGCGGCUGGCGGCCGUGGUGAGCCGCAUCGACGCCUACGAGGCGGUGGAGGGCAGCAACGACGAGGUGGACAAGCUCCUGAAGGAGUUUCUGCACCUGGACCUGACGGCGCCCAUCCCGGGUGCUUCCCCUGAGGAGACGCGGCAGCUGCUGUUGGAGGGCAGCCUGCGGAUGAAGGAGGGCAAGGACAGCAAGAUGGACGUGUACUGCUUCCUCUUCACGGACCUGCUCUUGGUGACCAAGGCCGUGAAGAAGGCCGAGAGGACCAAGGUCAUCAGGCCGCCGCUGCUGGUGGACAAGAUCGUGUGCCGGGAGCUGCGGGACCCCGGCUCCUUCCUCCUCAUCUACCUGAACGAGUUCCACAGCGCCGUGGGGGCCUACACGUUCCAGGCCAGCGGGCAGGCUCUGUGCCGGGGCUGGGUGGACUCCAUUUACAAUGCCCAGAACCAGUUGCAGCAGCUGCGGGCGCAGGAGCAUGCGGGCAGCCAGCAGCACCUGCAGAGCCUGGAGGAGGAGGAGGAGGAGGAGGAGGAGGACGAGGAGGAAGACGAGGAGGAAGAGGAGGGUGGGGAGAGCAGCACUUCCGCCGCCAGCUCCCCCACCAUCCUGCGCAAAAGCAGCAACAGCCUGGACUCCCAGCACUGCGCCUCGGACGGCUCCACGGAGACCCUGGCCAUGGUGGUGGUGGAGCCCGGGGAGCCGCUGUCCUCUCCCGAGUUCGAGGGCGGCCCCUUCAGCUCCCAGUCGGACGAGAUGUCUCUCGGUACCACCGCCUCGUCCGUCACGCCGACCAGCGAGCUGCUGGCCCUGGGCCCCGGGGACGGCCGCUCCUGCUCCAUGGACUCCGCCUACGGCACCCUCUCCCCCACCUCCUUGCAAGACUUUGCGCCCCCAGCCCCUGCGGCGGAGCCAGUGCCCCGGCCCCUCGAUUCACCACAAGCCCCUUCACCCCCGCCCUCGCCCCGCCUCCGCCGCCGCACCCCUGUCCAGCUGCUGCCCCGCCUGCCCCACCUGCUCAAGUCCAAAUCUGAGGCCAGCCUCCUCCAGCUGCUGGCAGGGGCCGCCGCCCAGGGGCCGCCCCCAGCCCCCAGCCGCAGCCUGUCGGAACUCUGCUUGGCCGCCACAGCCACGGGCACUAGGACUCGGGGCUCCCCUCACGAAGCUGGGCCCCGCUGGCAUUGCGGGGGCGCACCACGCCCUGGCGGUGGCUCCCAGCCUUCAGAGAUGGAGGGCAGGACCACCUGGCUGGCGGGGGAGCCUGAAGGGCCCGCCAGGAGGAGCAGAGAGCUGCCCUCAGGGGCCGCCCCCAGGGCCCAGCCUGAGCCGCCCCCCGGGAUCUCUGCGCAGCACAGGAAGCUGACGCUGGCCCAGCUCUACCGCAUCAGGACCACCCUGCUGCUCAACUCCACGCUCACUGCCUCGUGAGUGGCCUGGCCCGGGGCAGCGAGGACAGGUGGCCCAGCGUGCGGGCACUGGGGGCACUGAGCCCUGGGGGUGGGUAGGGGCACUGUUAUGGCUGGAGCAGGUGGCACCCAGGGCUAUGGAGGAAGAGGGAGCCCGGGGCCUGCCCCAGAGCUUGGCUGAGGGUGUCUUCGGUGAGCAGUGGUGAGGGGUCAGAGGUCAGAACUAUAGCGGGGAGGAGAGGGUGGCUGGAGCCCCUCUGAGUGGCAUCAGCAAAGGAAGGACUAUCUCUCCCCUCCCCUCCCCGCCCCUGCAGGGAGGUCUGAGCAAGGGAGGCCCCCAAGGGUGCCACUGACCACGGACAGCGGACAGCAGGCCUCGGGGGUGCGCGGCCCCCGCUCCGGCUGCUGCCUGUGUGCGCACAAGCCGAGUGCCGGGCGGGACCCCUGCCGCCGCUGGGCCGUUUGCACUCGGCCAGACUGGAUGGAGAUGGAGGAGGGUUCGGCAGAGGCCCAGGCUCAGGAUGGCCCCCACUGUCCCACCGUCACUAACCUGUCCCCCCAUCCUCCCCCGCCGCCUGCCCAGCAGGAUUCCUCGUCCGCUAUUCCCUGAAGUCACCAGCCUCCACUGCGCUGGACUCCAGGGCCACCCCCUCUCUUCUCCUCCGGCCCCGAGGGGGACAGUCCCUUGCCCUCGCCUCCCUCCCCCUCCCAGGCCCGCGGGGCUCCCUGUAAAGUUGCAUAUUUAUUGAGCUUUGGUUCUUUUAUAAAGACUUGUACACACUCCGCUGGGAGGAGGCCUUCGC